GGGGUGCGUGAGACGUCCGAGUUUCGUCGAAAAUUUAAAAUGAUUUAAAGGGAAGAAAUUAAAUAAUAAAAAACUAGCUCUGGCAGAAGAUUCAGCAGUGGAGGAUGAACAGUGCCUAGAUAUGGGCAACAUUUAAGCUGAGUGCAUUGUGAUUUCCAAUAAUUGAGACAGUGAUUCUAAAAAGCUGUCUACAUUAAUGAAAAGAACAAUGUAGUCAGCUUAGCAUAUUCAUCACUUUACAUGACCAAUAGAGAAUGUGUUUUGAGUUGCAAGGAAUGUACUUCUGCAUGUACCUACAUAAGCUGAAAGCCUCUGACAGAAACAGAAAGAUUUAGGGUGGUUUUGGGUAUCCCCUGUAGCAUAUUCCUUUGUUGCGUAAACCCUAGCCAUUUAAGCUGUGGAAAUGGAAACAAAUGAGCUUUUACCUCCCCUCCCAUUGGAGCCGCCUGAUGCCAUGAAUUUGGAGAGCCUUAAUUGUUCAGCACCUCCACCACCUCCCCUGCAAACGUCCAGUGACGCAGAGGAAAUGGACGUUAGCUCUGGUGGUGAUGGACACACACACACCCCAGCAGGGGACAGGGAAUCUGCUGAGGAAGUGCAGCUUCACAGCAAAGGGUCUGCGUCCUUGAUUAGCCGUCUCUCUGAUGAAUCUGAGAUUAGCGCUCCCUGCCCCAGAACGGCGCGCUAUGCGCCUCCCGUUACCAAGUUCCUGCCCGACUUAAAGUUGCUGAAGGAUGUUAAGAUCAGUGUGAGCUUCACAGAGAGCAGCAGGAGCAAAGACAGGAAGGUCUUGUACACGGGGGUAGGCCAGGAGGGCGAUGGCCAGCUUAGUGCAGAGAGCUUGAAUGGUGAGUUGCAUGAUGCCCUCGUGCCAGGGCCGGUUGGUGGGGCAGGUUUAGGUAAUGGCUCAGUCAGCGCAGGGAAAAAGGGAGAGGAGGCAGAAGGUGAUUUGGAGAACAAAGUUGAGUUUGCGGUUCUGGACGAGCUGGAGGAUUUCACUGAGAAUUUUCUUGAGACUGAAGACGGAGACCAGGGUGGGUUCAGAUCUCAGGUGAUAGUUCAACAGGAGCAAGUGGACGAGGAAGUACUGAACUACUCUUAUGAGGAGGACUUUGACAACGAUGUGGAUGCACUGCUGGAGGAAGGCAUGCCAGUGCCCAAGAAGAUGCGUUUGGCAGAGGACAAGUAUGCAGGAGACAGUGACCAUCAAUCUGACGGGGAGACUGGUGUCCAGCCUAUGAUGACCAAAAUUAAAACUGUUCUUAAGAGCCGUGGACGUCCACCUACUGAGCCUCUACCUGAUGGAUGGAUCAUGACAUUCCAUAACUCUGGCAUUCCAGUCUACCUACACAGGGAAACCAGAGUCGUUACCUGGUCCAGACCGUAUUUCCUUGGAACGGGGAGCAUCAGGAAACAUGAUCCACCUACUAGUAGCAUUCCCUGCCUGCACUACAAGAAAAUGAAGGAACAAGAAGAAAGGGAACAAAAUGGAGAGGUGACUCCCAACCCAGAGACUUCACCUGUGAAGCCGGGGGAGGGGGUGGAGUUGAUUGAGAGAGCAGAUGAGCCGGACUCCACAGCCCCAGAGGAGUCUGCAGUGGGGGGCUUAGGAGACCCUGGGGAAGGGCCAGGGGUGGCCCCAGAACCACACCCAGACAAAGAGGAACCCCAGGCCUGUGAGACCGCACAGGGAGCCCUGGGACAGGUCAAGGCUAAAGUGGAGGUGUGCAAGGAUGAGUCAGUUGACAUUGAGGAGUUCCGCAGGUACCUGGAAAAGUGCUUUGAUUUUGAGCAAGUGACAGUGAAAAAAUUCCGGACAUGGGCAGAGCGGAGACAAUUCAACAGGGAAAUGAAGAGGAAGCAGGCAGAGUCAGAGAGGCCCAUCUUGCCAGCCAAUCAGAAGCUCAUCACUCUCUCUGUUCAGGAUGCCCCGACAAAGAAAGAGUUCGUCAUCAAUCCAAAUGGAAAAUCGGAAGUAUGUAUACUUCAUGAAUAUAUGCAACGCGUUCUCAAGGUUCGACCGGUUUAUAACUUUUUUGAAUGUGAAAACCCAAGUGAACCCUUUGGAGCUUCAGUCAUUAUAGAUGGAGUGACAUACGGCACAGGAACCGCAAGCAGUAAAAAACUUGCCAAGAAUAAAGCUGCUCGAGCCACACUGGAGAUCCUCAUACCUGACUUUGUGAAGCAGACAUCUGAAGAAAAGCCUGUAGAGGGUGAUGAACUGGAGUAUUUUAAUCAUAUCAGUAUUGAAGAUUCAAGGGUGUACGAGCUGACCAAUAAAGCUGGCUUGCUGUCACCGUAUCAGAUUCUUCAUGAGUGCCUUAAGAGAAACCAUGGGAUGGGUGACACCAGCAUCAAGUUUGAGGUGAUUCCAGGAAAGAACCAGAAGAGUGAAUAUGUCAUGACUUGUGGAAAGCAUACUGUGCGUGGAUGGUGUAAGAAUAAGAGAGUAGGGAAGCAGCUGGCCUCCCAGAAGAUUCUGCAGAUGCUGCACCCCCAUGUGAAAAACUGGGGGUCACUGCUACGGAUGUAUGGCAGAGAGAGCAAUAAGAUGGUGAAAAAGGAAAAUUCAGAUAAAAGCGUGAUUGAACUUCAGCAGUAUGCCAAAAAGAACAAGCCAAAUCUUCACAUCCUGAACAAACUGCAAGAAGAGAUGAAGAAACUGGCAAGAGAGAGGGAAGAAACCAGGAAGAAGCCAAAAAUGACAAUAAUGGAAUCGGCUCAACCUGGUAGUGAGCCCCUCUGCACUGUUGAUGUUUAGGAAACUGUAAACAACCAACAAAUAUGGCACUGACCAAUGGUAUUCAUUUUCACUGUCAAAAAAAAAGAGAGCCCACAUGCUUGAAUUGAGCACCAUUAUGCAUUAUGAGUGAAAUGGCAAUACAACUUUAAUGUAAGGAGACCUCUGUAAUAACUUGAACAGUUGCCAAGCUGUUAUUUCUGAAGUGAUGAAGGCACAUUUUUACUUGUAGGAUCACUAAGAACAGGAUUAAUGCACUAAAAAGGGUAGAGCUUGAACAUCAUCCACUUAUAUACAUAAUACUUUCAUUUCCCAAGAUGAUUUCAACUUGAUCACAAAUAUUGGUGCAUUUGAUUUAGUAUAAUUUUUGCCUGAAGUAGAAUAAUGGGUUAAAAUCGUAACCAUUCAUAAUUAAAAAUGGAUUUUCUCUCAGCUGUUUUACUUUGAAUAGUUGAGUAUUUGGCGG